GGAACAAAAACAACGACGGACCAGAUUUCCGUGGGCAUUUGAGAACAGCUUGGUUCUCUUUGCAGUUACAUCGCUAUCACAUGUGGGGAUGGAUGACAUGGGAGUUAGCACAAGCCGCUCUUGCCUUGAGCGACAAAUACAGUUCGACAAUGUUGCUCUUAAAAAACUUCCACUGGACCCUUCCACCGAACCAGGGGUCCGAAAGGUCCGGGGGGCCUGUUUCUCUAGAGUCCAACCCACCCCUCUGAAGAACCCAAAGUUUGUGGCAGUUUCAGGUCCAGCUCUGGCACUGCUGGGUCUUGAUGCUGAUGAGGUUCUGAAGGAUCCACUGGGCCCAGAGUAUCUCAGUGGGUCUAAAGUGAUGCCAGGAUCAGAGCCUGCUGCCCAUUGCUACUGUGGACACCAGUUUGGACAGUUUGCAGGACAGCUUGGGGAUGGAGCUGCAUGUUAUCUGGGAGAAGUGAAAGCCCCGGUGGAUCAGAGCCCUGAGUUACUGCAUGAGAAUCCCACUGGACGCUGGGAGAUCCAGGUGAAGGGUGCGGGACUGACACCAUACUCUAGGCAGGCAGAUGGGAGAAAGGUUUUGCGCUCCAGCAUACGUGAGUUCCUGUGCAGCGAGGCCGUUUUUGCCUUGGGUGUCCCGACCACGAGAGGUGGAUCAGUAGUGACGUCAGAUUCACGAGUCAUGAGGGAUAUCUACUAUGAUGGCAAUCCACGCAUGGAAAGAUGCUCUGUGGUCUUGCGCAUUGCUCCCAGCUUUAUUAG